CCUUAGCAACGGGGCCUAGUCGGGGCAGACGGAGCCUGAUGAUGGAGGGGAGCGAGAGUAGUGAAGCCAGUGCAAAGUGGUUGGACGCUCACUACGACCCUGUGGCUAACCUCUAUACGUUCUCCUCUUGCGUGGCUCUGGCAGACUUGCAUGGGGAUGGAGAGAACAAGCUGAUUGUCGGGGACCUUGGCACCGGUCUGUCCGCCGUGCAGCUGAAGGUGUACCGAGGCACCACCAUGCUGUCGGAGAACACUCUGAUUGACGUGCCGACCGGAGUGGUGGCCUUCCUGAUGGACACCAACGAGCCCAGGACUCCCGCCGUGGCUGUAGCCUCCGGACCCUACAUCUACAUCUACAAGAACCUCCGGCCCUACUUCAAGUUCACCCUGCCCCCUCUGGGGGUGAACCCACUCGAGCAGGAUGUGUGGCACCAGGUGAAGGAGGACAAGAUCGACCACCUGACAGUGAAGGAAAUGUUGGAGAGUUUCCGGGACCAAGGGGAUAUGCCACUGUCUGCGAGAUCGCUGAGGUACCUGAUGUUGGAGCCCCAUGAGAUGGAGGCCUUUAUCAAUGUCCACAAGAUGCAGACUAUCAAACGCCAGACGGUGAUAACCUGUAUAGCCACCCUGAACAAGAACAUGGCUGACGAGGAUGCAGUGGGCUGCCUGGUGAUUGGCACCGAGAACAUGGAGGUGUGCAUCCUGGACCCUGAAGCCUUCACCAUCCAGGCGAAGGUGAACCUCCCCAGUGUUGCUGUGUUUCUGGAUGUCACUGGCCAGUUUGAUGUCGAGUUCAGGAUCGUUGUGGCAUGUCGGAACGGAAAUGUCUACAUUGUCCGCAGAGACUCGAAACGGCCCAAGCAGUGUAUCGAGCUGAAUUCACAGCCCGCUGGUCUGGUACGUCUGAACAAGACCAUUGUGCUGGGCUGUGGGAAGGAGAUGCUGCAUGCCUACACGCAGAAGGGGAAGAAACUGUGGACGGUGCAGCUGUCAGCUCCCAUCACCACCAUGGGGCUGAUGGAUCACAAGGCGAAGGGAUUCCAGGCUCUGUUAGUGGCUCUGGCCAACUCCGAGGUUCACCUCUACAGGGAGAAGAUCCUCGUCAACGUCAUCCAGACACAGGACGUUGUUACCAGCUUGUGCUUUGGCAGGUAUGGACGUGAGGAUGGGACCCUCAUCAUGACCACAAAAGGGGGUGGGCUCAUCAUUAAGAUCCUGAAGAGAACCGCCGUGUUCGAGGACAAAGACACCAGCCCUGGGCCCCCUCUGGCGCAGAGCAUUAAGCUGAGCAUCCCAAAGAAAACCAAACUGUAUGUGGACCAGACCCUGAGGGAGAGGGAGAACGCUGUGGCUAUGCAUCGGGCCUUCCAGAUGGACCUGUACCGUCUACGUCUCAGCGCGGCUCGGGAAUACGCCAGGGCUCUCGAAGCCAGUAUGGGGCCUGUCUCCGCUGACCUGCAGGAGCCCCUGAAGAUGAAUGCUGUGGUCCAGGGGAUCGGGCCGGUGUUUAAGCUGACCCUGAACAUACAGAACACGUCGGCCACCAGACCAGCGAUCAACCUGCACCUCAGCUUCCUGUUCGAUGAGAACCUCUACUCCAUCAAGCGAGCUUUCUUUAAGGUACCGAUGCUGGUGCCCGGGCUGACAUAUCCCAUAGUCACCUUCGUGCAGAGUCUGAGUGACAGGGGAGUCUCUGACACCAUCAAGGUGUUUGUUCUGGCCAUGGGUCACUCUGCUCCCAUCCUGACUGCCCACAUCCACAUGCCGGUCAGUGAGGGCUCGGUCCUGGCAUGAGGCUCCAGCCCUUGACCCCGGUGGGUAGACCACGCCUGGCCCUGAUAGGAGUAGCUCUCGCACCCCCGUACUCUCACCCAGUGCUACCAACGGAAACGUUCCCACACUCCACCGGCCGGAGAUUUCAGCCGCCUUCAUCAUCAUCAGUCACAGGACAGAAGGAAGAUCCCACAACCCUCAUUCCGAGCCACUGUGGGAGGGUCAGCGCUGAGGGAGGGGGCACUGUUAGAGGGUCAGUGCUGAGGGAGUGGGCACUGUGGGAGGGUCAGCGCUGAGGGAGUGGGCACUGUGGGAGGGUCAGCGCUGAGGGAGUGGGCACUGUUGGAGGGUCAGUGCUGAGGGAGUGGGCACUGUUGGAGGGUCAGUGCUGAGGGACUGGGCACAGUUGGAGGGUCAGUGCUGAGGUAGGGGGCACUGUUAGAGGGUCAGUGCUGAGGGAGUGGGCACAGUCGGAGGGUCAGCGCUGAGGGAGUGGGCACUGUCGGAGGGUCAGCGCUGAGGGAGUGCAGCACUGUCAGAGGAUCAGUGUUGAGGGAGUCGGCAUUGUCAGAGGCUCUGUGCUGAGGGAGCAGGCACUGUCAGAGGGUCAGUGCUGAGGAAGUGGGCACUGUCAGAGGGUCAGUGCUGAGGAAGUGGGCACUGUCAGAGGGUCAGCGCUGAGGGAGUGGGCACUGUCAGAGGGUCAGUGCUGAGGAAGUGGGCACUGUCAGAGGGUCAGUGCUGAGGAAGUGGGCACUAUCAGAGGGUCAGUGCUGAGGAAGUGGGCACUGUCAGAGGGUCAGCGCUGAGGGAGUGGGCACUGUCAGAGGGUCAGUGCUGAGGGAGUGGGCACUGUCAGAGGGUCAGUGCUGAGGAAAUGGGCACUGUCAGAGGGUCAGCGCUGAGGGAGUGGGCACUGUCAGAGGGUCAGUGCUGAGGAAGUGGGCACUGUCAGAGGGUCAGCGCUGAGGGAGUGGGUUCUGUUGGAGGGUCAUCGCUGAGGGAGUGGGCGCUGUCGGAGGGUCAGUGCUGAGGGAGUGGGCACUGUCGGAGGUUCAGCACUGAGGGAAUGCCACACUGUCGGAGGGUCAGCGCUGAGGGAGUGGGCACUGUCGGAGGGUCAGCGCUGAGGGAGUGGACACUGUCGGAGGGUCAGUGCUGAGGGAGUGGGCACUGUCGGAGGGUCAGCGCUGAGGGAGUGGACACUGUCGGAGGGUCAGUGCUGAGGGAGUGGGCACUGUCAGAGGGUCAGUGCUGAGGAAAUGGGCACUGUCAGAGGGUCAGUGCUGAGGAAGUGGGCACUGUCAGAGGGUCAGUGCUGAGGAAAUGGGCACUGUCAGAGGGUCAGUGCUGAGGAAGUGGGCACUGUCAGAGGGUCAGUGCUGACGAAGUGGGCACUGUCAGAGGGUCAGUGCUGAGGAAGUGGGCACUGUCAGAGGGUCAGCGCUGAGGGAGUGGGUUCUGUUGGAGGGUCAUCGCUGAGGGAGUGGGCGCUGUCGGAGGGUCAGUGCUGAGGGAGUGGGCACUGUCGGAGGUUCAGCACUGAGGGAAUGCCACUCUGUCGGAGGGUCAGCGCUGAGGGAGUGGGCACUGUCGGAGGGUCAGCGCUGAGGGAGUGGACACUGUCGGAGGGUCAGUGCUGAGGGAGUGGGCACUGUCGGAGGGUCAGCGCUGAGGGAGUGGACACUGUCGGAGGGUCAGUGCUGAGGGAGUGGGCACUGUGGGAGGCUCAGCGCUGAGGGAGUGGGCACUGUGGGAGGGUCAGCGCUGAGGGAGUGGGCACUGUUGGAGGGUCAGUGCUGAGGUAGGGGGCACUGUUAGAGGGUCAGUGCUGAGGGAGUGGGCACAGUCGGAGGGUCAGCGCUGAGGGAGUGGGCACUGUCGGAGGGUCAGCACUGAGGGAGUGCAGCACUGUCAGAGGAUCAGUGCUGAGGGAGUCGGCAUUGUCAGAGGCUCUGUGCUGAGGGAGCAGGCACUGUCAGAGGGUCAGUGCUGAGGAAGUGGGCACUGUCAGAGGGUCAGUGCUGAGGAAGUGGGCACUGUCAGAGGGUCAGCGCUGAGGGAGUGGGCACUGUCAGAGGGUCAGUGCUGAGGAAGUGGGCACUGUCAGAGGGUCAGUGCUGAGGAAAUGGGCACUGUCAGAGGGUCAGCGCUGAGGGAGUGGGCACUGUCAGAGGGUCAGCGCUGAGGGAGUGGGCACUGUCAGAGGGUCAGUGCUGAGGAAGUGGGCACUGUCAGAGGGUCAGCGCUGAGGGAGUGGGUUCUGUUGGAGGGUCAUCGCUGAGGGAGUGGGCGCUGUCGGAGGGUCAGUGCUGAGGGAGUGGGCACUGUCGGAGGUUCAGCACUGAGGGAAAGCCACACUGUCGGAGGGUCAUCGCUGAGGGAGUGGGCGCUGUCGGAGGGUCAGUGCUGAGGGAGUGGGCACUGUCGGAGGUUCAGCACUGAGGGAAUGCCACACUGUCGGAGGGUCAGCGCUGAGGGAGUGGGCACUGUCGGAGGGUCAGCGCUGAGGGAGUGGACACUGUCGGAGGGUCAGUGCUGAGGGAGUGGACACUGUCGGAGGGUCAGUGCUGACUGGGAGGGUGUGUGGGAUCUUGCUCUGUGUGAAUCAGGUGCUCCUUUCCCCUGUGAGAACAGGGAGCAGACUUUAAUGAAGGAGUUGUUUAUUGCGGUGACGAUUGGAGAUGGCGAACGGUGCUGUGUGUGUUUGUGUGUACGUGUGUGUGUACGUGUGUGUCUGUGGGUGUGUGUAUAUGUGUCUGUGUGUGUGCCUGUGAGUGUGUAUAUGUGUGUGUAUGUGUGACUGUGUGUAUACAUGUGUGUGUGUGUAUGUCUGUCUUUGUGUGUGUGGUGUGUGUGUGUCUGUGUGGUGUGUGUGAGUGUGUCUGUGUGAGCAUGUGUGUCUGUGUGUGUGUGGUGUGUCUGUGUGUGUGGUGUGUCUGUGUCUGUGUGUGUGGGUGUGAGAGAGUGUGUCUGUGUGGGUGUGUGUGUAUGUCUGUGAGUGUCUGUGUGUGUGCGUGCGUGUCUGUGAGUGUCUGUGUGUGCGCGUGUGUAUCUGUGUCUGUGUUGGUGUGUCUGUGUGUGUAUAUGUGUGUCUGAGUAUAUGUGUGUCUGUUUGAGUGUGUGUAUAUGUGUGGGUGUGUGUGUGAGUGUGUGUGUGUGUGUCAGUUGCUGGAGUGAGAGCUUGCCGUGAGACUGACUCCCUCCACCCUCCUGACUGUGCGGCCCCUCCCUCAGCUCAGUGUCACGUUCCCAUCUGUAACAUAGGGAAUGCAGCGCUUGUUUACGGAAUGUGAUGGACUCGGGAAUAAACCUGAUGGAUGG